AUGGAUUCAAAGGUAAUUUUAUAUGGUGAUUUAUUAUCACAACCAGUUCGUGCAAUUCAUUGGUUUUUAAUAUUAAAUAAAAUUCCAUUCGAAUUAAAACAAGUUUACCUUGGUAAAAUGGAAACCAGAACAGAAGAGUUUAAAAAAUUAAACCCACUUCAAAAAAUGCCAGUUAUCAAAUAUAAAGGUCAAAUAUUUAUUGAAAGUCAUACUAUUUUAAGAUUACUUGCACAAGAGUUCAAACUCGAUUCAUUUUAUAGUAGUACAGAUGUAUUCGAACGUUGUAAAGUAGAUACAUAUUUGGAUUGGCACCAUUUAGGUUUAAGAUGUAAUGCACAAUCCCUUUUUGCACAAAAAUAUUUAACUCCAAAGUUUGGAAAGGAAUUAUACAAUGACAAUAACCUUGAUGCAGAACGUAACCUUCCACUUGGUUUACACCAAAUUGAAGAUGUAUUUUUAAAAGGUGGUGCUAAUAAAUUCAUCACUGGGGAUACUAUCACCAUUGCUGAUCUCUCAUGCUAUUGUGAAUUAGAGCAAUUGAAAGGUAUUCAAUACGACUUUAAAAAAUAUAAAGUACUCUACGAAUGGAUGGGACGUAUGGAACAAUUAGAAGGUUAUAAAGAAUCAAGUGUCGUAAUAAACAAAGUAGCAAAUGAAAAAUAA